GCGGAAAUAAUCCGAAGGGUUCAGUUACUCGCUGAGUGUGGAGACGCGCGCGUGUGUGUCACCUCCCUCACUCCUCACCCCUGUCAGUGGCCAACACUCCCACAGUUCUCGCAAUAGAAAAAAAAAGCAUCUGGAAAAAAAUUAUAAAUUUAUAAGCCUUUGUUCCCUGAUUUAUCUUAAGGGAAGAUAUUGUUAGAUGGUCUGUGUUAAGUGUUCGUGAGUGAGUGUUUGUAUGGUGUGAGGUGGAGCGAGGUGACCCGGCAGGAUGAGGCACAAGGAUCAGCGAGGCUGCUCUGGGCCGCCCUCCAGUGUGGCUAAGGUGCGCAAGGCGUCCUACUACGUGUGGUUCCUGGGAGCGGAGGAGUGCCGCGGCCUGCGAGGCGCUGACUGCGUCAGGCCCGUCGUCCACUACCUGGUGGGGAGGGAGCGCGAGCAGGAACCAGACAAGGUGACGCUGCAGGUGUCUGGCCGGGGCAUUAAACUGCUGCAGGCGGGGACUCACGGCCGCUCCACCGCCCCCGUCAAGCACUUCAUCCCCGCCUCGGCCGUCACCUUCGUGCAGCAGGAAGCGCGCCCCGACGAUGAUAUCGUGUCAGCCAUCCUGCUCAUCUACAACCCCCUCACCCGCUGCCCCGUCCAUGUGCACACCUAUCGCUGUGACUCCACAGAGACGGCCUCCCUGCUACGGGAGCACCUGGCACAGCUGGUGGACCACCCGGAGCAGCAGGCCAAGCUGGCCGCCCUCGAGUCUCGCCUGGCUGCCCGCGGGCUCCUGCCACCGCCCCCCUCCACCCGGGGCUCUGACGGAGCCUCCACGGGGUCGUCGACGUCGUCGGGUGGAGGUGGCAGCAGCUCGGGGCGGUCACCGACGGCGGUGCCGGCCGCCACAGGGCCCGGCAUGUCCACACUCUAUGACUCCCUGGCGGCCGAGCUGAGGGAGAAGCUGGGAUCGCGGGGCGCGCCUCUCCUCCUGCCCCCCAAGGACUAUGACACACUCAACCGCUCUCGUGGACGCCUGCCCGACGCCCGCCGUGCCCCGCCCGCCGCCGCCCGCAAGUCACAGGAAGACGACUCGGCCAGGUCGUCCGGUAUUGGCAGCGAUGACGCCCCGUCUCCCACCCACGAUCGUGAUCUGGAUCCCAUCGACAACCAGUCGUCGUCAGGUGUUCACUCCCUCCCCCUCCAUCUCCUCCUCAAUCCAGAGUCUUCUUCUUCUACAUAUAUUGUCCAAGACGAGGAGUGGGAGCGUCACGUGGCUACCGAGGUGAGGGGGGAGGCGGGACUCAUUCUGGUGCAGCCCUCCUGGCGUGGGCGUGACCCUCCCGCCCACGGCCAGGGACACCCACCGCCUACCAGAGCCGCCCACAGGAGUGCCACCCACCACCAGGUGUAUGUAGGCAGGAGUCAGUCCCCUACACGAGGGCGUGCCCGCGCCCCUCAUAACUCACCCCCUGGGGCACGCCAUCCUUCCCCUACCCGCGUCCCCCGUGACCUAUCCCCUAUCAGGCCCGUGCACCAGAAGAGGACCCCGCCACGCCCACACGCCCACACCAGAGACAGGAGUGAGUCGCCAGUCUCUCCACGUGAGAGGUUCCAAGACGCCCGCGACAAGUUCCGCUCUCUGGAGCGAGACUGGCAGCGUCCAGAUCGUCCAGACUGCCAGGCGCGCCCCCACGCCCACGGUGGAGUGUGCCGUACGCCCUCCUGGGAGCCCAAUCCCAAGGGCGGAUCAGGCGUGAGGGAGGCCCGGGGGUCAGUGGAGCAGGGAGGGCGGGACGAGGGCGUGUGGCCCAAGAGUGACCGUGACACAGGCUACGGCUCCCGGGACGGUCUGCUGCGAGAACGACCCCGGGGUCGUGACUUUGACCGUGGCUACGGCACCUGUGACACCCGCGACUCUGACCCCUGGCGCCGGGAGGUGGGUCACCGCACCCCUGACCCCUGGCAGAGGGAGCCGCGUGCCCCUAGUCCCACCAGAGCCCCUCGCGGCCGAAGUCCCACCAGGGAGUACCGGGUGCCGCGGGUCAGGUCCCCAGACCGUACAGACUACCACCGAGCCAAGUCCAUGCAUGACCUGAGCCAGCGACGGGCAGCUAACGAGAACGAGGAGGACCGCGGUGGCUGUAACGACCCCCGUAGACGGUCCAUGUACGACACGGCAGAGGACCCCCGCCCCUUGAGGGAGUCUCGCACGAACCGCCACUACCGCUCACAGGCCAGCCUCCGCCGUCACAACUCUUGCAGCUCAGACUCGUGCCACUCAGCUGACAGCUACAACGAGCUGCCAGAAACCCGCAGGUUCCCGGGUCUUGACCGGGCCACGGCCCGCCCAGACCCCCUGGAGCACGCCCGCGGCCACCCCCACACCGCCCACCUUAACAGUAAACGCACCUUCGAUUACCCGGUGAAUGGCGGCACGGCGGCCGUACAUAUCAGCCGUGCCCAACAUGACGACUACAGGCGCUUCCGUUACGACCACACCACCACCCCGCAGUUUAUCCGCUCCACCUCCGUGCCCACCACCCACUACUAAAUACACACACACACACCCACACCCACACCGUGUCUACUCCCCUGCAGUCGUUUCCUAACACGCUCCUGGUUCACGUCAUCUCUCCAAUGCUCUUGGUGAAUUAUAUUGCUUGUGCUUUCCCUUUAUCCACUGUCUGGCCCUGCUUGUGUUAUACAGUACACACAGAAGAACUCGUGAGUUGUGGACACAGGCAGGCGGGCGGUGGGAUCAGUGUGCUGGUGGGCGGGAUGGUUGGCUACGCGGUGAUGCUCUCAGUCCCGGCUCUGUGUUGACGGAUUGUGUUGUUAGUAAUGAUAAUAUGUUAAGGACAGGUACGAGCGUCAACCAGACCAGCUGUGAGAUGCUAAUGUGCUCUUGUACUGUCGCUGUGUGUGGGGCGAUAAGGAGUGUCCCACCCCUGAGUGUCUGUAGUGAUGAGUGCCCAGCCCCUGAGUGUGUGGGGGUGAUGAGUGCCUCGCCUCUUAAGUGUGUGUGUGCGCGUGUAUGUUACCCCCGUUUACUAAGAAUAUCCUAUUGACAGCUUCUAUAUACCGGGAUAAUUGCUUCCCUGUACCGGUAUGCGGCUCUCCCGUCCAUAUGUACGUUUUACAGGUGUGUAGAUAAUUGUUGUUCGCUUAUUCUGUGUAGGUUUUUUUUAAUCAUCAUAACUGUGAAUAAUGAUGUAAUGAUUAUUAUUUUUAUUUCUCAUUAUGUAUGUGAGCAGUGUUAGUGGGUGAGGUGUAAUCUUGAACCACACCUACUACCUAUAUUAAACUGUAUAUAGUAAUUAAUAAAAAACUUUUAUGUCCACCAGUACAACACAGUGUCAGAUGUCUGUGUUUUUUGUCAGUCAAUUUCUGUUUAUCUGAGACUGUAACCAUCGCUCUUAAACAUUCAUAAUAUAAUGUUUAUCUCUGUAGUGAUGGAUGUUUUCAAACACUUUUAUUAUGUGUAAAUUAAUAUUUUUUAUUUUAUUUUUUAGUUUUUUAUCCCUAGCUGUAAACACUCACUUGCGUAUAUAAGUCAAUCUAUUAUUUUAAACAUUUAUGGUAUUUUUAAGUCAAUUAUCUGUGACUAAACAUUGAUGUGUGUUUGUUAAGUCACUAUAUCUCAUUCUGGCUGUAAACAUUACUUACUUAAGAUGAUUUUUUGCCAUAACUUUGAUGUAUAUGAAGUCUAGUGUGUUGACUGCCCUGCUUAAAUGUUUAAUCACCAUGGUGGUAGUUAAAUCACCAUGGUGGUAGUUAAAUCACCAUGGUGGUCGAAUCGCCAUGGUGGUCGUUAAAUCACCAUGGUAGUCGAAUCACCAUGGUGGUAGUUAAGUCACCAUGGUAGUCGAAUCAACAUGGUAGUCGAAUCACCAUGGUGGUAGUUAAAUCACCAUGGUGGUCGAAUCGCUAUGGUGGUCGUUAAAUCACCAUGGUGGUCGUUAAAUCACCAUGGUGGUCGUUAAAUCACCACUGUCGUCUGUUUCUUUGACUGUUUAUUUGUUUGUUUGUGUUUUUUCUCUAAUUACUGUUUGCCAAAUCAUUAAGGUGUAGAAAUAACUUUUGUAAUGGUGGUUGAUUUGUGGUUUAUUGAUGGUGGUGAUUGGUUGAUUGUGGUUAUUAAUUAAUGAUGAUGGUGGCUGAUUUGUAGUUUAUUGAUGGUGAUUGAUAGUGAUGAUGGUGGUUGAUUGUGGUUAUAAUGAUCAUAAUAUGGUAUUUGACAACCAUUACUGACUUAAAUGGCGGUGAUGGUGGUUGACUGUCAUGGAUGACUUAAAAAUAGGGGUUAAAUCUGCUAUUAAUUGACAAUCAACAACCAUUACGUGUGUGUGUGUGAUCAAUUACCUAAUAUGUCAUCAUGUGCACUAGAAAAGUUAAUUCCUACUCCCUUUACCCCCUACCUUCUACUCCCCACUCCCUUUAUCCUCCACACCCCUUCCCUACACCCCUCCUUACCCCUUACUCCCCGCUUCAUGUCACUGGCUAAUGGACCCUUUGAGACUGUGUAUAUAGUGUACAAAAUGUGAAGUUGUUUGUUUGUAAAUUAUGCAACACACGAGCUCUGAAUGCCAAUAUAUUAUAAUUAUUAUUUUUUAUUUUUUUUUUUUUGCUGGUAACUUGAAUAAAGAUUAUCAAGGGAG